AUGCAGCGCAAGCUGAAAUCUGUCUUUCGAAGGUCCAGUAGUCCAAAAGCCUCCCCAGCGUCACCAAAGAGCAAGACCCGUCACACCGAACCAACUUCACCACCUGGUGAUCAGCGACGUGUGUCUUCAGACCGACAUGGCCGCACUUCAGUCGAUUCAUCUGCGACUGGCUCGAUCUACACUGGUCGCAGCAGACCUGUCAGUUCAGUCUACGAUGACCGUCGUCAAAGUCAAGCAUCUGCGAAGCACCCGACGGCGACUGACUUCGCCUCCUCUUCGGACCCCAAUGGCGGCGCUAUAGCAAACGACUACAAGGCUUAUCUGCCUGCUCUGUCCCCUGUGAACGACGACCAUGGCGACGAAUACAUUUCGCUCGAUGACGACAGAGGCCAGAUUACUGGAGCAAGUAAGGGACGGCACGAGGAAGGUGUCGCAGACCGCAAUAUCGCGCGCUAUAGUACAUCUAUGGAUAACGGAAACCGAGUUCCAGCAGGUGCUAUUCGCAGCGAGCCAGUCGGAAUCGCUCUCAGCACCCCUGCUUCGAACCCAACGUCUGGUAAACAACACUCGCGUAACCACUCUACGGACACUGGCUCUGCUGGUAAAUACAUUGCUAAGGGUGGCACUACUGGCAACGAGGGCCUUGUGGACGGCAUCCGUACGUACACGACGACCAGCCAACAUGAGAACGGGUCACAGAAGAGGUCAAGCUUCUCGCCCAAGACUGCUCGCAUCGAGACUGGACGGGAGACAAGGAAAUCCCGCCCAUCAGACAGCGAUAACAGCACGCCCGGACUACAAAAGGAGACAAACGGCGUCCAAGGUACACAGUCCGGCGUACGCCAUGCUACUGUGGACGGAACAGCGAAUGGUGAAGAGACCAAAUUAGCCAGACAAUUGCGUCAGGAUGGCGUCGCAGACCUUCGGAACACCACCGACACAGACGGAGACAUCGUAUGGGCGCCUGCUGUCACACACGAAGUCAUCAAGCCGCACCAACACGAGAUCAUACAGCAGAAGAUCUACCGCGAGAUCCACAAUUACGAACACUUUCAUCGCAUACAGCCCGUUAUGAUGACAGAGGUCCUCCCACCUCGCCAUUGGAUUCCGAGUCCGAACGGUGAGGGGCUCAUCGAGAUCUCCGCGGACGAGCUCCCGGCCCGCACCGGCAAGAAUCGUUGGUGGUCGAUUUGCGAGCAUUCGAGCCCUUACGCGCUGCAGAAGACAACUCAAACGUACCGCACGGAGCCUGAGAUUAUAGAAGCAGGUACAUUCUUGACUGAAGAAGGUUUCGAGCGCAAGGAGACGAUCAUCAUCCACCCUCCGACACUUGCUGACUUGACCGGAUAUGCUGGGCCUGUGCAGGCUGUGCACUUCGACCACAAGACCGGAGAGCGCUGGUUGGGGGAGCUCACGACGAUGGACAAGCUCCGCGAGCUCCAGCAGUCACUUGAUCGUGCGCCGGACGCACAAAUGUUCCAAAUGAGCGAACUUGCAGAGAGCCUUCCUAAAGUGCCUGCCAGCUCCAUGCCUGUGCGCAAGCCUGUGAGCGGACUUUCUUCACAGGUACAUGGUUCGAAUGUUGGACGAACAUUGAGUGCUGUGUAA